AUGGAGGACGACAGUUUCCUGCGUCAACCACCCCCGAGAUUCGAAGAAGCGACGAAGUCCACCUCAGUCAGAGACGAGAACCACGCCGCAGCUCAACAGUCGUCCACAACCACCUUAAAGCGUUCGACAUACAUCCUUUGGAUUGUCGGAGCCUACGCGGUGCUAUCUGUUGUCCCCUGGACAAUCAUUACCCUACUGACCAUACGGCCUCUGACUGGCACUCGCUACGGCUAUCUCAGCACUGCCUAUCUGUUCUGGAGAAAUGGCUUCCACAAGCCCGACUACGCCGCAAAUGAAAAGUGGUACCAGGCCAUGCGCGUCAUACAGUCGAUCGUGGCCGUUUUGACCCUACCGGUCACCUCCGCGGUCUGCUCGCAGGCCGCCGUGACCUUUUCACAGUUCGCUGCCAAGAGACCAGGUUUGACAAUGCGUCAGCUUCUUGUGCUGGCUGAUCGAGGUUGGACGGACCCGAAGACGUACUGGGCGCUCUUGACUCCAUCUGGAUUCAAACGUUGUGGUAGCUUCUUCCUGGGUCUCGCAAUCGUGUUGAGUAUUCUUGGCGGUAUCAUCCAGCCUAUCCAGCAGGUCUUCCUCACGACGACUUCUAUCAAGGUGCCUAUUUACAGAGUCAAGCUGCAGAAUAUUGCUGAUCUCACGGACUUCCUCAAAUACGCCCCAGCGAACCCAAAUAGACCGGAUGAUGGUUCUGUUGUGCUCAUGACGCGAAGUGCGCUGGCUACGACAACAGGUACGGAGCCAAUGACUCAGCUUUGGCAGUCCGGUGUUGUGUGUAAUGCGGCCGACCUGGCAACCAACAGCAGUAGCUCAAUUGCUGCUGGGCAAUGGAUACCACCACCCUCGGCUUGUGGGUACGGCGCGACUCUAGGCAACAUCUCAUCCCUUUCGGAUCCUUUCUUCUCUCAGCUUCCGUCAACGACAACCACAGGUGUGAUAACACAGUUCGCUCCUCGCUUCAAUUCUUCUUCGACAUAUGAAGUGAUCUCUAGCACAGAUUAUCCCGCUAAUUGCUCAGAGAUGGGUGCAUACUCGAUCAAAUAUAGCAACAAUAUUUCUGAUACUGUAAACCCAUGGGCGAUCGAAGCUUGCUUGCCUGGAGUUGUGACACAAACACCCUGGACGUCGACACAUCUUCGACAAGACUUCGCGGAAGUUCUAUACCUGAAUGUCAGCAGAGCGGACGCCGGAGCUACACUUGAACCAAACGGAUCGCUGUACCGAAUCACCAUGAAGACGACUGCUGGUUAUUUUGAAUUGCCAAACUACAUGAAUGAUGGCCAUCCAGGAGCACUACUCGUAGACGAUCCAAACAACCACUGUGACUACUCUUGCGAGAGACAAGGUCUGAACCUGUUCGAAGGCGACAGAAACGAGAUUUUUGACCCGCACAUACCGAAUGCGGAUCUAUACAAGCGUGCGGCGGACGAUGAUCUUGACACCAAUCGCGCCGCUGUCAUUCGGACGACGAACAAGGGACCACUGCUGACCGUCGCCAUGGCGCUUUUCGGCGAAGGCUCUUUCAUCGACGAACGGACUUCGUACCCGGAAACAUUCAUCGAGAGCAACAACAGCUCUCUCCCAGAUGGCAUUUGCGUGGACUACGCACCCCUACAGUUCCUCCAGCAGGUGACAUAUGGUUACUCGGACUGGACCCAAGGUCACCGCUGUAUUGUCAACAACGCCACCAAAUCCCAAGUUGAUCUAGACGCUGGCAUAAGUCUCUGGCUCCGCACUUUCCAGGUUACAGAUGUUCCGACCAUGGAAAAUGCUUUUGAUGCCGCCGCAUUCCUCGCUACAAAGGCUUGGCUGGAGAAUCAGAUCCCAAAUUCAGGCAGGACGCUAUCAGUGAGCAUAGAUUUGGGCGUCGACACCCAAGUGCCGGCCAUCUCUGUUGCCGGCAUCGUCUUCAUUUCCACCCUCCUGGCAAUUUUCCUGCUGUCGUUGCUCGCUAUGGCCGUUUACUCGUCCAUGCACGUCAGGUGGACGAGCCAGCUUGACGCUUUCGCUAUGAUGCGCGUGGGUGCUGCAGUAGGCAGUCAUGUACCGCUCAUGGUCGGCCGGAAGCAGAAUCAGAUCGCUGUGCUUGAUCGACUACCGGCAUGGAUUGGUGAUGAGCAAGUCGACCACGAUCGCGGAUCGUUGGGUAUUGGUGCUCGUGGAGCACUACAGAAAGAUCGGAAGUAUUAUUGCUACGAGGGUGAUCAUGAGAAGUCGUUAUCCCGUGGCAAUUGGGUCGAGGAUGAAGAUGGAGUUAUGUUUCUGCCGAUGGAUGAGCUACCGCACAAGUAG